AACGGAAUACACUAAUGCGAAUUAUGCGGCGUACAAGUCUCAGUACUGCAGUGCAGUGACAACUGCAAUUAGCUGCAUUGGGUUCACAGUUACAUCCAGCUGCACUGCCGCAUUGGCAGAUCUUGCCGAUAAUUUUUACAAGGCAUCUUACAGCCUGACAGCUUGUGGAAUACAAUCGCAUGCGUAUCUUUCCUUGUAUGGCGAUGACGUCGCAUGCAGUGGGCGUAACCUAUACCAGAAUGCUGCGUUAUGGCUUGCACUUUUGUGCAUCUUUGUAGGAAAAAUGCUGUUACUGUAGAUAUCUACAUGUAAUUUGAAAAGUAAGCUGUGAAGUUAUGUAUUAUGCACCUAAUAUGCAUGUUCACUUAGUCCUUAACUAAAUAACUAAAUAUGACAAACUUCGCAAUUAACAAGGGUUUUAAUUAUGACUUAUUCUUUGAUGUAAGAAAUCAGACUUAAAAUGCUAUGUUUUAUAUUUUUUCUUUUCAUAUUUUAGGCAAUUGUUGCAGUUGUUUUAUGUCAUUUUUUUGUUAUCAAUAAUUGGUCAAUGACUAUAAUAGUCCAGCUUUUUUUGUUAAAUACAAAGCAAAUAUAGUGCAAAAGAAGAAGAUAAUGUCAUUUUAAUAAUUUAUUUCAUGCCAAACAAAUGAUUUGAAAUUUCUUGAAAUUUAAGGCGAUAAAAACAUUGUAAUAGCUUUUGUUUGUAUAAAAGAUAUACUUUUUUCUAUAUGAAAGACUUUUUGUGACAAUCGUUUGACGAAACUUUAUUAACCACACUGGUGUAUAUUGUUACUGAAGUUAACAAGCUUUGAAUAUACUUAUUGGAUGUAACAAUGUGUUUGUUUGUCUUAGCUAUUUUAUUCAGUGAUUAGAAAGGCGAAAAGUCCGGGCAUCUUAUUGACAUCCUGUAUCAAAGUUCUGAUUAUGAGAAAUCCUUUGUGGUCCCAUUGGAUGGAAUAAUAAUUUACACAGUUUUAACAGUCAUGUAAAGGUACAGAGUUGGGCACCACAUUAGAAUUAUUUCUUUUUGAAGUACAUUAUACAUGCGUCUACACAAAACACCAGUGACAUUGACAGCACUGUACAAUUAUGAACAGAAAUUGGCACACAGGAAGUAACUUAGACACAAUCGCCACCCCACAUACUUAUCUUUAACCAUCGGGUAAAAUAGGCUUCAAAAUGUUUAAGAAUGAAAGUGGAUCUACCAAAAGAUUAAAACUACCAGCAAGAGAAGCAUAAACACAAUAAUGAUGUCUUGCUGAACCAUCUUCGAAGAUAUGAAAAAUUAGAUAAGUAACAUCUUGAAUUGAAUGUACUUGGAUAUCUU